AUGUCAAUAAUUAUUGAAACUCCAUAUAUAUUAUCAUUGAAAGAAGAAUAUUUGACAAGUCGAUGUUCAUCAUGUUUUCAAUGUGCAUCAAAUAAAUGUUCUAUUUGUGAAAUAAUAGUUUAUUGUAAUGAUAAAUGUCAAAUAAAUGAUGAAAUUUAUCAUAAAUUGGAAUGUGAAGCUUAUAAAAAAAAUUCAAAAGAAACAAAAUUAGAAGAAUCAGUUAUAGCACGUAUGAUAGCUCGAGUGAUAACUCGUUUAAAUUUAGAUGGUGGUCAACCUAAAUAUGAUUUAUGUAUAAAUGUACCAAAAUGUAUUGAUCGUCGAUCAUGGUCUGAUCUUUUAGGACAUCGAGAUGAUAUUAUUCAUUCAGAUCGACAUUUAAACAUUUGGUUAACAACAAAAAAACAAAUUCAAUUAUUAUUUAAAGAUAAAUUUAAUAAUAUUGAUCUAUUAGAAAUUUUUGGAAAAAUUUUAAUUAAUCGAUUUCGUGUUGGUUUUAUUGAAAAUAUAUUUAAUGGACGAAUAGCUAUUGGUUGGGCUAUUUAUUUAACAACAUCACGUUUUAAUCAUAGUUGUCAACCAGAUUUACUUCAAUGUUCAUAUGAUAUAAAUAUGCGUUUAAAAUUUUCCGAUCCUAAUAAAACUAUUCCUCAAACAACAUUAGAAUUUGAUAAAUUAACAGUUAGUUAUCGUCAUCAAAAUGAUUUUCGAUUAGAAAAUCCGUUAACAUAUGUUCCAACUCGAAGACAACGUCGAAUAUUUGUUAGUUUCUUUUUUUUUAAUUGUCAUUGUAUUUAUUGUAAUGAUGAUUUACGUAAUCGUUAUGAUGAAUCAGCUACAAAUCGUUUAUGUAAUCAAUGUGAAAAUCCAUUAGUAUUACAAACAAAUUCUCAUGAUCGAACUAUUUCAUUAAUUAAUUGUUUAUCUAAAAACAAAUUUUGUCAAACUGAACAAAUUAUUGAUCAUAUUCAAAUAUCAACUAUUGAUUAUACUGAACAAUCAAUUGACAUUUAUGAACAAAAAUUAGAAAAUAUUCAACAAUUAUUACAUCAAAAUUCUAUAUUAUUAUUACAAGAAAGAGAAAAAGUUUUUUUUGCUUAUCAAAAACUUUUACUUGAUAAUCAUUUAGAUGAUAAUCAACGUAUUAAUUAUAUUAAUCGUGCUAUUCAAUUAGGAGAACUUUUAGUUGAACAAUAUGAUCUUCAUUUGAAACAUUCAUCUAUUUAUCCAAAAAUUUUUCUUACUGAUUUAGCUAAUCUUUGUCAAAUAGCUGGAAAAAUAUCUCAAGCUAAGAAACUCUAUCAAAAAGCUCUUCAUUUAUGGCAAUCCGAUUAUGGAAAUUAUAUUGAUUAUAAAGAAUUAUAUACAAAAUUAUGA